CCCGCCGCCUGAGUGGGCGCGGCGCGGGACGGCGGAGCGGGGUGCCCGGAGCCAUGGGCUAUUGCAGCGGCCGGUGCACGCUGGUGGCGGUGUGCGGCGCGCAGCUGGUUUCUGUGCUCGAGAGGCAAAUAUUUGACUUCCUUGGUUAUCAGUGGGCACCCAUCUUGGCAAAUUUCAUACACAUUAUUGUAGUCAUACUUGGCUUAUUUGGAACCAUCCAGUAUAGACCUCGUUACAUAACAGGAUAUGCUGUCUGGCUGAUCCUUUGGGUUUCGUGGAACGUGUUUGUUAUCUGCUUCUAUUUGGAGGCUGGAGAACUUUCAAAGGAAACAGAUCUCAUUCUGACCUUUAAUAUCUCAAUGCAUCGUUCAUGGUGGAUGGAGAAUGGGCCAGGCUGCACUGUGACCUCAGUAACACCAGCCCCAGACUGGGCACCAGAGGAUCAUCGUUAUAUCACUGUCUCGGGGUGUUUUCUUGAGUAUCAGUACAUAGAAGUGGCUCACAGUUCUCUUCAGAUCUUCCUUGCACUGGCAGGCUUCAUCUAUGCCUGUUAUGUUGUGAAAUGUAUUACUGAAGAAGAGGACAGCUUUGAUUUCAUAGGUGGAUUUGACUCUUAUGGCUAUCAAGGCCCACAGAAGACAUCUCAUUUACAGCUACAGCCCAUGUAUAUGUCAAAGUGAAAAUGGAGACUGCUCAAGGUGGGCUGGAGGACCUGUCAAAGAAAAUGUUUUGGGAUUGCCCUCUGGUUCUUCAAAGAGCAAAAAAAAUCCAGUUUUUGUGCUAAAAAUAAAAAAGGCUGAUUGAACAGUGAGACAAAACACAACAGACACAUUCAGCCUCUCUUUCUAACAGGUACUAAGGGAGAUGCCCCAGACCUCCUUCCUGCUUCCCAGCACCACAGGGCCAGAGCAGAGGCGCUGGUGCUUCCCUCUGGCUCCUCUGGACCGCAGCCACCUCCAGUGGGGCCCAUCUGGAUUAAGACAUGAACCAAGCCAAUUCAGUGCUUUUGGAGCCCCCUCCGCACUCCUGGCCGCAUUCAGUCUCUGUAGUCAACACAAGGCUAAGAAUACCAGGAUGACCUUGCAACAGAAGUCAAUAGACAGCACGUUGUUUGCCCUGAAGGCUGUACAGUUCAUACUUGCCUUAACCUAACUGGACUGCACAUCAGAGAAACUCAGUGCAAGCUUUCCGAAGUAACGUCCUUUAGGCUCAACACGCUGCCAUUAAUUCUGAACGAUUUCUAAGUCAGUGGUUUUCUUUGUUUUGUUUUGUUUUCAUGUCAGGGAAUAAGGCUCUGUUGCUCCAUGGCUCCAGAGUGACCAAGUAGAAAACUGCCAGCUGUCAGAAAGUGCUUUACUUUUGAGGCUCCACAGUGGUCAAGAAACAAACCGUUUAUAAUGACUAAAAAAAAAGAAAAGAAAAAAAAAGAAAUAAGAUCUUUUUGGUGGUCAGGGUGGGGAAAGGGGUAACAUAAACUAAUGAUUGAACCUACUGAAAAUAAGCAGCAUAAACAGUGCUUCUUAAUCCCGCUGUUUUUGUUUAUCGCACUUUAGGUGCUUUUAUAGCUAUCUCUAAAUGUCUUUUACUAACUACAGAGACAUCUGCAGAUUUCUAUCAACAAAGGCCAACUGAAUAUGUACUAGCUAUGUUUACUCUUUUAUAUCUGAUUUCAACUGAAAAUUCUCUGUAAGUGAGCUUUUUUUUCUAAUCACACCAUAAGGGAUCUAUAUAUUUUAUUUUUUGUUUUUGGUUGGGGAGGGAGGGAAGGGACUAGAUAAGUUGAAGACAUAUUGGAGACCUUUUUGUGGUAUAUUUGGGGGAUCUGUUGUGUGUUAGAAUGUGUAUUUUAUCUUCCUGUAUUAUUGUGGCUGAAAAAAAACUGUGCUGUUACGUAGUUGGCAACAAGAUGCCUUUGGGAAUUUUGCUAGUAGGUCAAUGUGUAUAUGACAUACUCUGAACUCCUAGGAACAUAUGUUUUGUUCUAAAUCUGAUCUGUAUUUUCAAGCACUUAGGUGGCUUUCAUUAGGAGAAACCAAUAUUUUACUCAGGCUUUUCAGGAUCUUGGAUUGUCAUUGUUUCUUUGCUCAGACCCUGCACAGGCAAAUACACACAUCUACCACACCUGUGGUGGCCACGUAGGUUUUGAGGGUGAAGGGGAAGGUCAGUGCUUGGAAGUGCUCAUGCUGCCCUCAAGUGACUGCCUUUUCCUUGUUCACCAAACCCUGGUGCCCACGUGGCUUCUGAGCUCUCACAGCCCAUGCACAAACUCCACGCAUCCAUCCCUAUACAAACCAACGUCCUUUGCGUGUCUGCAUGGAUGUAAAUUGUCACAAACCACCACUCUGGACAAUGACUGAGGAACAGGCAUUCACCAGUGAAGAUAAGGGUCAGACACGUUCAGGAGCUAUACUUACAUUUAUUCAGUGAGAUAUAUAUAUAUUUAUGUAAGAGUGUGUGUGUGUGUAUGAAUAUAUAAUACACAUGUAUAACUAUUGAGAGGGGCUACAUAAUCCAGAGAGUGUCUGGUGCAUGGGGCCAGGGGCUCCAGGUCCUGUUCAUUAUUUCCUGCAUGAAUUAGGCAAGUCGCUUAGGCCUGAUCCAGUAGAGCAUUUGAUGCUGUUUUGGAUCUCAAGUUCAAUUUUUCAGACUUGGGUACCUAAAAUUCUGAGCUCAUUCUGGGUCGAGCUGCUUUCCAGUCCCUGGGAAAUCAUGCAACUUCCAAGUUUCAGGCUGAAAUUUCCCAUAAGCUGAAAAUUUUUGAAAGUUUUAUGUAAUAUUUAAUGUAGAAGAUGUAUAAUGUUAAACACAAUGUAGAGGUUUAAAUGGAAUGAAAAUGUCGUAACAGGGUAUUUUAGCUUUCCCUGUAUAGCAGUUAAUCAAAAUCAUGUUUCUAUAAAAAUCAUUUUCUUAAUAUGGAAAGAAACCAGUUUAGGCACUUAACUGAUGAUCCAAUUUUGAGCAGGUAAUUUUUCAUACCUUUCAGUGAUUUCCCACAGAAUGGCAACUACAGGUAGUUAGCAAUUUUAGAAAUCAGAAAAUUUAAUGAAGCAUCUACAAAUAGUUUUUAGGCCUAAUUUUAAUUUAGAAAAACAAAUGGCCUUAAUUUCUCUGUCUUAGUCUUCCCGUCUAUAUAAAGGGAAUAAUAUCUGCCUCACAUAUUUUGUGUGAGGUUUGAAUUGUUUAUGUUUGUAGAGUGCUUAGGAAAUAGGAAGCACAUUUAAUGAUUACGUAUUACAAUGAUAAUUGUUUAUUCAUAUAUUACAUAUAGAGUAGAUACACACACACUCACACGUGGAUUACAUAUAUAUAUAAAUAUAUGCCUGUAUGAAGUUUAUAUUCAUGACCUUGCUUAAGUUGCAGUUUGAGCACCACCAUUAAAAGGAAAUUAGGACUGUUGACUACUAAACUAAAUGAUUAGUGGACAGAUCUCUUCUGGAAGCAGUUUAGAGCACAGUAAGGUGAGAAUAUCUGGAUAACAUUUUUGAUUUGUACAACUGUAUCCUCCUCAAAUCCAGUAAAGAAUGUUAUUUUUCUAGGCUGGGCUUUUGUUAUAAACUUAAAUAUUCAAAACACAAGAGAUACAAUCCAAAUGUGUCUUUUUUUUUUCUUUUCUUUUUGGCAUUUGUUAAUUCUGAAUGUAUUUUUAACAAAAGUGAUUUUUUUGACUUACUAGUGUAAUUUGCAUUUAAAAUAAUAAAUGGAAAAAAUAUAGGUUUCCAAGCUAUUCAUGGCCCCUUGCUGCUAUUCACAACUUACAGGAAACUUAGAAUUACUGUUCCCAGCUGAGUAACAAUGCAGGAUAAAGAAUCCUAUUACAUUUACAUGAUGACAGUCCUGAUCUGUGCAGUGCAUGGAUGUGACAACUCUGAAUAGAAAUUGCCAGGUCAGGACACCAUUUUAACACAGUCAUAGGUAGCAAGAAUUUUCAUUAUCACUGACACUAAAAGGUUUCUUUUACAAGGCUGACUGCAAUAGACUCUUCCCUUAAAAAGCAUCUUUUUUUGCCCACUCAUUGGGAAUUUUAAGCAUAUGAUAAGUUUACCGUUGCCAACAGUGUACAUACAUACAGCAGAAGUAAUACUUGUUAAGAGGGAGCUAUGUAACAUUAAUAUUUCCACUGCAUUCAUUUUCCUUUAUAUGCUAUUCGUUGUCCCUACACUGAAAUGAAGAAAUCCUGUCUUAGGCAAUGCCUUUACAGAGCUGUCAUAUAUUGACAGCUUGCCUAAGGCGCUUUAAUAAAGGUGGAGCAGGACCAUACACAUUUCAAGAUACGUGAUUGUGUUCUCUUCAUACUAUUGUUUAGUAAGAGAGUUAAUUGUUGCCUGUAGGAAUUUGUUAUGCUGUAAUUUUAGUGAAAGUGAUACUUUUCAGUCAGGUAAGGAGAAAAUGGUUGUGCUCUACUUGCUCAGUUUAAGUACUGAUUGCAAAAGUCGGGAGCCAUACAGCAUUUUGAAAAAGGCUGGUGCAAUGUCUACUGAUUCCUGCUUGUCUCCAGAUAGGAGUGCUGUUAACUCAGUCUCUGAAGGUUUUAGCCAUUUGCACUCUCACCUUGUAUUUGAGUACACUGAUAGCAGGCAAAACAAAACUAAAUACAGCAUGAGGCCUUCCAGCUUUUAAUACUUUUAUUUCCAGUUCUCGGUUUUCUUUUGAAUGCAAUUAUUCAGAGGAUGUCUCUGAGUAAAUCUCAUCCAAAUCCAAAUCUGAAUUUCCAACCAAAGGCAGAAAGCCCCACAAAUAGGCUAUAUAUAUAUAUAUAUUUUUCAUUUUAUUUCUUUCUUUUACUUUCUUAUUUACUCUGAGGAGUCUCUUCAACACAUGAGAUCAAACUGAUAAGCUUUCUGAUUUUGUUUUCUAGCUAAUGUAAAUCUGGCUUCUUUAUAGUGCACUUGGAUUGGAGACAACCACUAAAGGCAAAUGAGAUUUUGUUAAAGAACCAAUAGGUAGGAGUAUUGCAGAAGGUAUUGUGUCCACUGUUCCUUGGAGAAUGAUGCAGAUCAGUUGUCAGGCUAAUCAAUCCGCUCCAAGCUAAGUGCAAUAAUAAAUGUAAUUACCAUAUAUAGAAGAAACUGCCCUUUAGACUACAGUUGCUCAUUCUCAUAAAGAGGUGGCACAACACCGAAUGAGUCAAUGAAAAAAGUUUCCUUCUUGUAUUGACUAUCGCACUUCAUCUCCCAUGGAUCAGAGGAAUUGGCUCUGUUUGGUUUUGUGUCCUGACAAGUGCCUGUGUUCAGACUUCCAGGAGAAACUGUUGCAGUCAGCUGGAUCUGUGACCUUUACAUAACUGGUGGGAGAGAGGGAAGGAUAUUGUACCGAAUGUGGCGCUUUAAGUAGUGUCAUGCAUGCAUUUGUUAUGCAUCUUCCUCCACAGAUACAAAAGAGGUCUCUCAAAAUGCUCUCUUCCUUUAUCUCAGAAACCGAGACAGAUAAUGUCUUUUACAAGGUGCUUCCAAAUUCUGUUGACAUCAGUAGUUUUUCCUUUAAGUAUAAUUAAAGCACAUUUUUUUAUGUUCUCUCUUGAGUAGAAGACAGUUCCAAACUUCCAAAAGCCUUGGGAUUAAGUAUUUUGGUAGACCGUGAAACCUGAAAAUUCAAAAAAUUGCUUGGGGCCAUCUCUGUCUCAAAAUGAAAUCACCCUGACAAAGGCAAGACUUUCCACAUUCACCAGCAGAAGAGGAUCUUUGCUAUCAUCUCUUACCUAUUUACUUCCCCAGCCUUGUCUUCAUCCUGCUGGCAAGUUGUAUGGAGCUAAACAUGAAAAAGUGUGUUUAUAUUCAAUUUAUACUCUUCGAUGGUCUCCUGUACUGCCAUACAUUUCUGAGUCACCCUUACCUGAUAAUAUUCCUUUCUUUUUUUCCUUGUCACCAUCUUGACCCUUUCUUACUCCUGCUCUGCCUGAAUACAUCUACAAAUUCCCUCCUCAAAGUAUGUACUGCUCUUUGUCAUAUCCAUUGUUUCAAACUCUCCUCAUGAUGACAGUGAUGACAAUAAUGGAGGAUGGUGUCAUUGAGGAUAUGUACAAAAGUGGAAGAACGAGAAGCAUAAAGGUUACAUAUAUUCUCCGAAGGCCCAAGAUACAGUGAGACACAUUAUACAGCUAUAAAGAUUGACAGUGUUACAGAUGCCAUGAGAUUCAACUGGCCUUAGUAAGAAACAUUUUCAAAUGUGCAAUUGCACUUGCUGAAGUUAUAGUUCAGUUAGUGCAGAGAGUCAUAAAUACCUGGAGUUAGAAAAGAUACAGGUGAACUAGAAGCAGAUUCAUAGAAAAUGUGUUUCUGAACACUUUGACUGAAUCAGACUAGCAUUUCAGUCUCUUCGAAUUUGUCUCAGAUUUUUUUUCCUGUUGCAAAUAUUUGGAUGGCUGGUUUCUGUGCAUGCAGGUGUUCAGAAAGGAAAUCUUUGUUCCUAGGAGAACAUAUAAGUGUGUGCAAUUACACUGACUUACAUGAGAUUCUCAGUAUUCAUGCAUCCAUGUGCAUUUGUGCUAAAUGUUGGCUCAUUUCUCUCAGCAGUAUACAUACAUAAAUAUUAUCUGAGUACAUUUCACGAUGGAGAAACAAAACCACAUACACAGUGUCUCCUCUUUUCUACUUUUAGCUUUUCCUAUCCUUCCUCUCAGAGGACUCAGUGCAGAGUGUUAAUUUUCUCUAUAUAAAAAUUACAUUUCCUUAUACUUAUAUUCCCAUGUAUGAGCAUGAUGCAUUGUAUGAACACAGUAAACAGGACAGUCCCUUCUGCAAAAAGCUUGUAUAUUAAAUAAAAUAAAUGAGAUCAUUUCAAUUGAAAAUAAAAAAAGGAACAAAGUAAAAUAGUAACCCAAUUAACCCAAUGAUCUCAGAGUCCCACUCAGCAGUUAAGAUUUGAUUAAAAAAAAUAGUGCCAAACAACUUUAGGAAAAAUAACAGGGCAGGGAAAAAAAAAAAAGAAAGAAAGAAAGAAACCAUAAGGUUAUGUGGCUACUUUAAGCUCAUGCAUAUGAAAAUAGGAUAAAAAAAUUAGCCAAUUAUAUCUCACUAGAGUAUCCAAUUAACUUAUGAUAGCUCCAUAUAGAUGUAUUAUAUCAAAUACUACAUUUUAGAGGCACUUAAAGCAGCAGCUAUGGAAGAACAAUAUUGAAGUAACUAUAAAUUGAUGCCAUCACAAAAGGUUGAUGGAUUGAUUCAAUUAAUCAGUAAGUCAUUUCUAAGAGUUCUGCAGGGAUUUAUUUACCAAACACUUCCAUUGUUUAUUUUCCUCUCUGGAGGGUAUGUGUACUAUCAUUUUUCUUCAUUAUUAUUCUCAUUUCAUUCAUCAAUUUCUGACAAAUAUUUUCAUGCCAAUAUGUGGCACGCCGCGCGUGUAAAUUGCCCACAUUCACUGAUCUAAAGCAAUAUACUCAGAGCUACCAGCAGCAAAAAAGUUUUGUUUUAUUUCCCUCAGGUCCCAAGAAACUCUAUUCAUGUAUAAUCACCAUCAAGACAUGUUUCCUGUUUGAAUUUUUCUUUCAUUUUUCUCCAGAUGACGGGGAUGUAAGGUCUUGUCUAGCAUGACAUGUGGAUACCUGAUUAAACUUCAGACAGAAACUUAACAUGAAAAACAUUUUGAAUGCUGUUGACACCAUCAUAUAAAUGUUGGUUUAACAUUAUAUUUUAUAGUUUAUAUCCAGGAAAACAAUAAAAGAAUCAUUUAA